AUGGCUUCAGAGGAGCAGCUACGCGCCAUGGUCGACCAGGACAAGAGCUUACUGCGCAUCAUCGACUUUGAGAACUUCCGCUCAGCCCCCCAGAUUGACGCCCAGGCCCGUGCCGCCCUCCUGCGUCCCAACCCCAAGCUCGACGCCUCCCUGCGCACCUCCGCCGCCCACGGCCUACCGCCCAUCAGCGUCCUCCCGCUGGCCGGCCAGUACCUAUCCGUGCUGACCCGGGUCAUGGGCGCCAAGAACGUGCUCGAGGUCGGCACGCUCGGCGGCUACUCGUCCAUCUGCUUCGCUCAGGCCGGCGCCCGCGUCACGAGCGUCGAGAUCGACGCCAAGCAUCGCGACGUGGCGAUGCAAAACGUGGAGGGUCUUGAUGUCGAGGUGCUUCUCGGCUCCUCGUCGGAUGUCCUGCCCAAGCUCGUCGAGGAGGGGCGCAAGUUCGACAUUGUAUUUGUGGACGCGGACAUGAUCGGACUUGACGAGCAGUUUGACUUGGCCGUCAAGCUCACUCGCCCGAACGGAUGCAUCGUCUUGGAAGAUGUGGUUGCUUCCAUGUUCAAGGAGGGCGAGGUCGGAGGGCAUAGCGAGGAAAACAUCCUAACAAGGAUCGGAAAAGAUGAAAGGGUGGAUGCUACAUUGGUGCCUAUUGUCACUUGUCAUCCUAUGGUACCAACUCCAGUUUUCAACGGCUUCAUUUUUGCGACCGUCAAGGCCGACAGUUAG